AUGGUCAACUUUUUGGAUUCGACCUUUAUCAAGGAAAGUUCUUGGAAACCCGACCUGUUUAAGGGUAAAGUUGUCUUCGUGACCGGUGGCUCCGGGACAAUAUGCCGCGUUCAAGUGGAGGCUAUGGUUCUACUGGGUUGCAAGGCGGCUAUUGUGGGCAGGGACAAUGACAAGCUGGAAAAAUGUAGGGAAGAGAUUUGCGAGCUUGUUCCCGACCGCGAGGAUGUAUGUUUGGCGAUUUCAAAUAUCGAUGUUAGAGAGUUUUCCCAAUUGGAACAUGCGGCAAAGGAAACGGUCGACAAAUGGGGGAGAAUUGACUAUGUUAUUGCCGGUGCAGCCGGGAAUUUCAUUUGUGAUUUCGCUAAUUUGAGCCCCAACGCCUUCAAAUCUGUCGUGAGUAUUGAUCUACUAGGUUCCUUCAACACGGCUAAGGCAACUCUGCCUUACUUGCUCAAGACAAAGGGGGCCAUCAUCUUUGUGUCUGCUACGUUCCAUUACUAUGGAGUCCCCUUCCAAGGCCCAGUCGGGGCUGCAAAGGCAGGGAUUGACGCCUUGUCCAAUAAUCUUGCUGUGGAAUUGGGCCCCUUUGGUGUUAGAUCGAACUGCAUUGCUCCGGGGGCCAUCAGAGAUACAGAAGGGUUUAGCAGAUUAUCUAACCCUCAGUACGUCAAGGACCUGACGGAAAAGAUACCACUACAACGACUUGGGACUAAAAGAGAUAUUGCAGAGACAACUGUAUUUUUGUUCUCUCCAGCUGCGUCUUACGUCAACGGGGACAUUAUCGUAGUCGAUGGUGGUAUGUGGCAUACAGGUACACUUUUCGCGGAAAAGAUGUAUCCGGGACAAAUUGUAAAGAACAUGGAGAAAUACAAGGACAAAGCCAAGUUAUAA